AUGCUGAUCACAGGUCUCGUGUUGUUUAUAUUUGAUCUGGUCACAGACAUCGUUGUAGCUGCACAGUAUGGGCUUAAAGGCGAAUAUUGGUGGUUUGGUUUGACGUUACUUUUUAUUAUCGUUCCUCUUUUCAUCGUCAAUCUUAUGGCUACCUAUCAAACAAUAAAACAUCGUUUUUGUAGAAAACUAAGCUGUCGUUUAUGGUUUGUAUGUUCGUCCAUAUUUGUGCGUUAUGGCCAAGAGUUCAAAUACUGGAAGCAACCACAUUGGAAUAAUCCCCCUUGUGGAGACAACUAUAAGGAAUGCAAUUGUCCAGAUUGCGAACAGUACCGCGUGGUGAUGAAGGAGUCUAACAGGUCAGGAUACAACCUCGCGUGGGUACGUUAUGUAGAAACACUUACAGAGUCUGCUCCACAAUGGUGUCUACAGAUUUAUAUCAUGUUACGUCAGUGGGAUUUUCCAUGGCAUUGUGUUUAUAUUACACAUGCCAGAUCGGAUAAUGAAAAACAAUUUGAGAGCGCGAAGUCGCCAUUUUGUGUUGUACAGUUUACUUUCCGUGGAGAACGUUUUGCUCGCAAUCUUGGCGGUCACAAUUUCAACACCUGA